AUGAGCGAUAAAGGGUCAUCGCCGUCGAGCGAGUUUGUUGCCGUCGGUAAUGCUGACGAGGUUGCUGCGAUAUACGGCAUUGAGCAAGGCGCCCAGUACAUGGACUCGGACUACACCGACGAUACCCAAAGCCUCACGUCAAGUAUACGCCAGCAUAUCAUAGAUGGAGGUCUGAGAUAUCAUGCAUAUCAUGCUGGGCAGUACGCUUUCCCCAACGACGAGAAUGAGCAACAUCGCGAUGAUCUGAAACACAACCUGACGUUACACCUAUGUGAUGGAAAAUAUUUUCUGGCGCCGAUUGAAGAAAUGCUCAAAAAUGGAGCUCAAGUGCUCGAUCUUGGAACGGGCAAUGGGAAGUGGUGCAUCGAAUUGGCAGAUAUGUAUCCGGAUACUACUUUUCAAGGAAUGGAUCUUUCGCCUAUCCAACCUGACUGGGUGCCGCAAAAUGUGUCAUUUGUUGUGGAUGACAUUGAGCAUGUAGCUGGUUGGACGUACGACGACAACAUGUUUGACUACAUUCACGUUCGACACAUUGUCCACUCCAUGAGAGAUCGUCAAGAGCUCUGGGAGAGAAUAUACAAGUACGACAGAAAACCCAACCCUGCUUGGCACCUGAAGCCCGGUGGCUACGUCGAGGUUCAAGAGUUCGAAUACGUCGCGGCGUGCGACGAUCACUCCUGCGACGGCCCCUUUGCGUGGCGCGACUUUCUCGAGAACCUGCGCAAGGGCCUGCAGGCGCUCGGCGGCUCGGACCUGCUCGGCAUCCGGCGCGUGGACGAGGAGCUGUCGCGGGCCGGCUUCCAGGACCUUGGGUAUCGCCACAUGAAGUGCCCCAACGGGCCGUGGGCGCGCAAGCGCCGGCUGCAGGAGUGCGGGCAUAUCCUGCGCGAUGUCUGCAUGGAGGGGCUCGUCGGCCUGGCGCGCCGCCCGUUCCGCGACGGCCUCCAGUGGACGCCCGCGCAGACUGAGCUCUUUCUCGUCGAUGUCCGCAAGGCCCUCACGGCCACUGAGGACAAUGGCCUGCCGAAAUUCCACUCGUAUUUCCCGUUUCACAACUUGUAUGCGCGGAAACCGUUGAAUACGUGA